AUGCGGCAGCACAAACAGAGCUCAGCACAGACAGAAGGAGGUGACGGACAACUGAUGGCCGAAAGGAGAACAAAUGAAAACCCUAGUGGGAAAGCCUGGAGCUCAGAUUACCACGCCCACCAGCAGCCUCAGGGCAACAGGCAGGCCAGGGUCACGACCAGGGGUGGAAGUACCUCCAAUUACACAGAGCCAACAGCGCUACAUGAUGAUCAACAGAACUUCAAUCAGAGCUCUGAGGAAAGAUAUAGGAAUUCCUCUGCGGGUAACUGUGGUUUUCAGGAUGUUUUAAACCACCUGAACCUGACCAAAGAAAAUCAUCUGUACUUCAUGGCCCGGCCUGUUAAACACUACAAUACAACUACAGUCGUACACCUCCACAUGCUUCUGUACAGUAUCCUAGAUGUGAAGGAGAUUGAUCAGACUUUUGUUCCAUACGUUUGGAUUUUAAUGGUUUGGCAAAAUGAACAUAUUAAGUGGGAUCCAGAUGACUUUUGUGGACUUGAAACUAUAUCAGUUCCUAUUGAAGCAUUGUGGAAGCCAGAUAUUACUAUUGAAGAGAUGGUAGAGAAGGAUAAGGCCCCUCCGAGUCCUUAUGUCUACAUUUCUGCUGACGGUUGGGUUAAACGUGUGAAUGAUAUGGUGCUGGUCAACACCUGCAAGAUGCAAGUUUACAAAUUCCCCUUUGACAUUCAGAGCUGCAACAUAUCUUUCAAGUCUGCCCUACACUCUGACAAGGAUAUCCAGCUUAAAUGGAAUGCCAGCUCGAAGGGCGAAGUGUGGUCUCACGGGUCGCCGACCCAGUAUGAGUGGCUCUUUAUCAACAUGAUACACACUGAAAAUACUGUCAGCACAUUAGGCGUCAACCAGAGCACAAUUAUUUACACGAUCACCAUGAAGAGGCGCGCUCUCCUCUAUGUUGUCAACUUCAUGCUUCCUGUCCUGUUCUUCUUGUGCCUGGACUUGUCCUCCUUCCUGAUCUCAGACAGAGGGGGCGAGAAGCUCAGCUUCAAAGUCACUGUGCUGCUUGCUGUCACUGUGUUACAACUUAUUCUGAAUGACAUUCUGCCUGCUUCAUCAAACAAGAUUCCACUUAUAGCAACUUACUGUAUUGGAAGUUUUGGUUUGAUGAUGCUCAGCCUCCUGGAGACGAUUUUGGUGAUGCAUCUCAUAAGGAAAGACUCCCAAGAUAACAAGGAAGACAGACACCGAAGCCUAAACAAGAAGAGAUGGACUCACCGUGUGUCUGUCAGUGAUGUAUUUACUGGAGAAACUCCAUCUGGACUGCCGUUGGUGGCCAAAGAGUCAAAUCUGCAGGAUAACAGCAGUAAACUGACGGAGUCCAGUUCCUUGAAGAAGGUCUCAGAUGACCUGACGGAGGUAGAGAAGACACUGACUGGGCUCCUCAACAGCAGGAAGGAAGAAGGAAAGCCCGGGUACUGGACCAGAGUGGCUAACAGAAUCAACAAAGUUUUCUUCAUUUUCUAUGUCACAGUAGCCAGUCUGUUUUUAGCUUGUAUCUUUAUAACAUGGAUCUAUGCAGCAGACGAGUAGAGCUAAAGUUAAACAUAGUGAAUUCAUUGUUCCAUAUAACAUGGAUGUUAAAACAUCUGUGUUAAAAAAAAAAUUACCCAUUGUUUCUUUGCAUAUGGCUAUUGAGGGUUCGCACUGACUUGUUACGAAGCAACAUAGACCCAUUGGGAUAUUUGUUUGUGAUGACUGUCUGGCUUGCUGGAGAAUGUGUGGGUUUCCCCCCUUUCUGGUUUAUAUAUUCCUUCCCUUAGUUGAAUUAUUCUUUUCCUUGGUGGGGACAAAAUUUAUCCCCCCUCAGAGUGAUCAAUGCUACUUCACUUCACUUCACAAAACACACAGUUCGCAUCGAUCCGUGAUUUCGUUAGGGUUAUAUUUAUAUUAAAAUGCGUUACUUUGGUUCUGAUGUAGCCGCUUCUCUGUCUGUAGGUAAUCACCACUCUGUAGUCUUGCUCUAUGUUCCACCCACAGCGAUUGGUUACACGUCACGAAUAAUAGCCGCUUUGCUCCGGUGAGCAGCGGAGCUGUGUGUUGAAGGGAAGGCAGAAAUUACUAAAGGUGCAAUAAACAUCAAACUCUGAUGAUCUGUUUCUAUGAUGACAAGCAGCACAAUGUUUCAAAAACUUUUUUUUUUUACAAAUCGCACCCUGAUUAUUAUUUUCCACUUUAUUUUAGUUUUUUAGAUCUUGUUGCAUCUUCUUCCUCUGCAAUGUUAUAAUGGCACCCACCUGGAGUAUUUGAACCACCAACAGUUUAUCUUUAUGCGCCCAACUCCUAAAAUUCACGCAACCGUAGUGGAUAGAAACAAGCGUUAAUUAGGAUUUUCUGUAGUGGUUUUUGUGGAAAUCCAGUUAAUCGCUGUGCUAAAUUUGAAUGGAAGCUGGUGUGACGUCUGCCUAUGAUAGAGCUGUGACAAAGGAAUACAGCAGGUUGAUUUUUCAUGUGCUUCUUCGCGUAUUACCUCUGAACAGUACAAGUAGACAAGCAAGCUAGGCUAACAAAGAAAAGCCUAUUGAUAUCUUAGGAUCUCUCAAUCUGUCACGUGACUCUUGCUUUGCAGGCAGUGGCAG